AUGAAGGGGAGCAGCACUCUUCUGCUGGUGGCUCUAACCCUGCUCUGCGUCUGUGGGAUGACCACAGCAGAGGAUGACAAUGAGUUUUUCAUGGAAUUCCUGCAAACGCUGCUGGUGGGAACCGCAGAAGAGCUCUAUGAAGGGCCCCUGGGCAAGUACAAUGUCAAUGACAUGGCCAAGUCGGCACUGGGGGAGCUCAAGUCCUGCAUUGAUGGCCUGCAGCCUGUGCAUAAGGAGCAACUGGUCAAGCUGCUGGUGCAAGUGCUAGAUGAGAAAGAGGACUCCUAA